AUGUAACGUCACUGCGCCGCGCGGAGGCUGCGGGGGAAGAUGGCGGCGCCGGAGGAACCGGGCGCGGUGGCGGCGUUCGCGAAGCGCAUCGACCCGGCCCGGGAGCCGGGGCUCAGCCCCGAGCAACGCCGCCUUAUGGCGCAGGUGGAGUACGCCCAGCGGCAGCGCGUCCUGCGGCGCCGGCUCCGCGGCCGCAACACUCUGCUGGCGCUCGGCAUCGCCGCGGUGACGCUUGGCAUCUACGGGUACACCUUCUACUCGGUGUCUCAGGAGCGGUUCCUGGACGAGCUGGAGCAGGAGGCGGAGGCGGCGCGGGCGCGGGCCCGGGCGCGGGCCGAAGGCGCGGCGAGUUGA